CUGUAAAAUCCUAAAAUGUGGUAAAAAGUAUUUGGUGAAUUUAUAAAGGAGCAACUUUGACGACUCUUUUGGAUAUAUAAUAUCAGAUUUUACAUAUAUAAUAUCAGAUUUUACAGAUUUUCACGUUUCGUAUAACUCCUCUUAGUCAAACCUCGAUCUAUUACAAUGUCAUUGUCAAUAUCAGUAGAUCAGUCCAACAAUGAAGAGAUACUUCGUGAGUGUGAUGAAUACAUAUCUCGCCUUCGUUUGUCCAUUGACAUGAGAAUUGCAAAGAUGCGGGAGAUUAAUGAAACUAUCAGUAGUGAUCAGAUUUAUACUUUGAUAGCCCAUUCGCUCGAGACAUUUUCCCUUCUAGAUACAGCACAAAGAUACGAAGAGUUCGUGUAUUGUUUUAAUCAACGAAUCAGAAGCAAGAAUACAACCCUUGGUACCAUAUCAGCGAAAUUAAAGGGAAGUACACAAUUGCAAGAUGAAUUCGCAAAUGACGAGGAACCGAGAAGUGGAAGGUCUUCAACAAAAUCCGACAUUUCACUUUCAAAUAGCCAUGGAUUCAGUAUGAUUGGUGUACCUGAACCAAUAUCUGAUCCUGAAAUUGGAUAUGGUGGAACUAGUGUGCCUGAUGACGUGUUGGAAUCGGUCGAGGGUGCCGAUUUAAGCAAUAAACGAAACAGUGAAAUGGUAGAACUGAAUGACAGAGCUCAGCAACAUAUCCUUGCAGACGUAAGGGACCUGCCCCGUCAUCACCCGUCAUUUCGAAAAAGUUCCAUCGACGGCAAAGGAGUGCUUCAUAACCUUCCAGAUAAAUUGAAAAGCUCUACAGAUGAACGGAAAGAUGAGGAUAAAACCAGAGUUGGUGAAGAUAGUCAAUAUCAAAAUAGUGAGCCAUCGAUUGGUAUUCUGGAAGCAACGUUAUCAGGUAAUUCGUUAACGUCUGCGUGCUACACGACCGGACUCCAGACAUUGAUACAACAAGACCCCAAACUACAAGGGAAACCACUGCGCUACGCUGCCAUAAGUAAACUCUGUGAAUUGAGGAUCAAAGCGGAAAGGUAUGAGGACAGUAUGUCGAGGGAGGAGGUUGAGACCUGCGUCAAAACAAAACACGUCAGAUUGGAUGAAAGAUUGACGAACCGUCAGACGAUGCUUAAUGAUCCUCCAAGUCCACGGUUUAAGGUUUAGGCAGAUAGUGUAGCUGUCUGUCAUAUGAGUCACCAGGUCUGAUGAUGGGCGAACAAUAUUAUGUAAUUUGAUAUUGUAAACUUACCGCAUUUCAAUUA